UAAAAAUGCUCUUCUAUUCAAGUGACAAGGUCGUUUCGGCGAUUCGUCUGCAGAAUUAAAGCAAGUAGUUCUUAUCAUAAAUUUUGAUGUUUUGUGACGCUCGUUAUUCUUAUGCAGACGCUAAAUGAUGAAAAACGAUUACGAUAGUAAUUUGUCGUUGGCAACUGGAGGUUUUGAUCAUACUAUCAGAAUGUGGCAACCGAGCACUGGAAAAUACAUUCAGGGUUUUCAGCACAAUGAAUCACAAGUAAAUGCUCUUGAAUUUUCUCGCGACGGACAGUAUCUAGCGGCUAGCGGUUAUGGUCGAGUUCGUAUCUAUGAUAUUCAGGGUCCCGCGACACCUUUCGUUAUAGUUUCAGAUUUCACAAAAAAUGUAAACACAGUUGGCUUUAAUGACACAGGAAACUGGAUGUUUGCAGGAGCCGAAGAUCGUGUAGCAAAGAUUAUAGAUUGGCGUGCUGGUGGAAAUCUGUGGAUAACACGUAUAUACCAGACAUCUUCGAGCAUUAAUACUAUGUUGCUUCACCGUAAUCAACAUGAAAUCCUCAUCGGGACAAGUAAAGGGGAAAUUAUAGUUUGGGAUCUUCGCAACAAUGCAGCGAAUUCUAUAUGCACUGACGCCCAAAAUGAACCUAUCCAUAGUUUAUCUAUAGAUCAAGAAGUGACUUCAUUGGCUGCAGUUAAUUCUGCUGGCCAACUUAUUGUUUGGUCCUUAACAGGUGAUUCUGCUUGGAAGCCUAUAGAAAGACAUCGGCAGAAAAUACAUCCAACGUAUGUUUUAAAGGUGCAAUUUUCACCAGAUAGUACAUUAAUUGCUACUGGGGGAGGUGAUGGAAAAUUUAACUUAUUGAAAACGGCCGAUUUUAGCUUAGUUACAAGCCGACAGGGUAGUCCAUCAGGUCAUCACUGGGUUUGGGAUUGUGCAUUCUCGGCCGACUCUCGCUUCUUGCUCACUGCAACUUCUGAUGGAGUUGCUCGCCUGUGGAAUUUGGAAACCGGUGAAGUACCCGUUGAAUACAAAGGACAUCAGAGAGCAAUCACCUGUAUGGCAUUCCGUGAUCAUUCUUUGAAGUGUAUAUAGUUUUUCCUUAUUCAAUGAAAACUGUAUCUAAAGAGACGAUAGGAAGAGAAUAAAUCUUUCCUGCAUGUAUUAUUACUGUUAUUUAAAUGCCUCUUAAACUUAGGUAUGGACGAAUGAUAUUGUUCCCCACUUUAAGGCUGUUACGUAACGUUUCUAAAUCGUACUUGGCAG